AGGAAGUUGAUCUAAAAGCUAGCAGAUUUCAAACUGAGCGGCGGGUAGAAAAGACGACGCUUGAAAACAACCAAGGACCACAUUAAAGACUAAACAAACAAAAACAACUAGAAAAAUGACGAGCACACUAAAGGGAAUUACUCUGAAGGGGAGCGCUGAGCUUGUGGCCGAGUUUUUUUCAUUCGGAAUCAACAGUAUUUUGUACCAGCGUGGCAUCUAUCCCCCGGAGACGUUCAGUCGAGUCACCCAGUAUGACAUGAGCCUGCAACUCACCACGGACACCAACCUGAAUAACUACCUGACUAAAGUUGUAGCUCAGCUCAAAGAGUGGCUCUUUGACUGCACCGUACAGAAGCUGGUGUUGGUGAUCACCUGCCUGGAGACCAACGAAGUGCUGGAGAGAUGGCAGUUUGACAUUGAGUGUGACAAGACAGUCAAACAAAGCAGCGCCCCCAGGGAGAAGUCUAUUAAGGUGAUCCAGGACGAGAUCCGCUCGGUCAUCCGACAGGUCACCGCCACGGUCACCUUCCUGCCUCUGCUGGAGACGGCGUGUGCUUUCGACCUGCUGGUGUACACCGACAAGGACCUGGAGGUGCCCGACAAGUGGGAGGAGUCGGGUCCGCAGAUCAUCGACCAAUCGGAGGAGGUGCGCCUGCGCUCCUUCACCACCUCCAUCCAUAAGGUCAGCAGCAUGGUGGCCUACAAGAGGACCGACUCGGCCUAGCCCUCACCCACAAGACCUCUGGAUAUCCAGCCCACGCCCACAGGACUUCUGGAUAGAAUUACUCAUCUGUCACCGUUGCAUGCUGGGGGUAGAGAAACCAUGGUAGCUUUUACCCUUCAGUCUGGCCCGUUUCCCGAAGAGUCACAUCAAUGGCGGAUAUACAUGCAAUAACACCCUUCUUGGGGGUCUGUUGUAUUCCGUAUGCAGCCCCCCUGGUAUUAGGAUGCUAGCAGUUUGUGGAGCAAAAGACGUAGUGCAGCACCGCUAAAUCGAAUGCAACCCGGAGGACUUUUCCACUGUCCUGUUUUUCUACCUGUGCAGUCUCAUGUGUGUCUGCUGUUGUUUUUACUGAUGGUUCUGCUGUCCUGAUGCUACUGGGGCUGUUUUGGUACCCCGGUUCUCUGCAUGGAUGAAAAUGUUGCUUGUUGGAAUGGUGACUGAUCCAUUUGAAAUGAUUUUCUUUUUCUCUUUCAAUGUAUUAUCUUUCUCCGUCUUGCGUCAUGUAAGUUGGCGGUGUGUGUUGUUUUAGAUUCCUGCUAAAACGACAAAUAAAUGGCUCUUUUGAUCACAA